CUUCUUCCUCUUCCUCUUCUUUUGAUUUCCCUCUUCUUUUUCCUCUUUACAAAAUUUCCCAUUCCUCUUCUUCGCUCUCUCUCAUUUCUGAAUCCUCAAACCUCAGAUUCCUUCAACAGAGUCAAUGGGGAAGUACAUGAACAAAUCCAAGGUCACCGGCGACGUCGCACUCAUGGAGGUUUUUUCACAUCCCACCACCACUGUCCGGACCAGAGCCGCUUCCAAAUCCCUCGCCUUGCAGAAUCUCCAGAAAUCGUCUCUUCCAGACGCUACUCCUGACCUCUCUUUCUCCUAUCUACAGCUCCGAACUCGCCGCCUCGAUAAAACCGAGAGGUCUAUUGGGGCUUCUACCAAACACGCCUCAAAACCUAAGAAAUCUGCUCGGAAUUCCAGUUCCGCUACGAAAGCUACCUCCAAUUUGGACGCUGAGAGCCAGAGUUUUGCUUUUGAAGCUCAGACUGAAGAUUUGGAAUUCGAACUCUCCAGAAGGCACACAAAUGAAAGCACAGCAGGCAGCAGAAACCCCUGUUCCCCUACACAGUACAGUAGUGACACUGCAACUAAUGGUAUUAUUCAAAACAAUCUGCAAAGAACCAUCCCAACAGCACAUGAGAUGGAAGAGUUCUUUGCCUCUGCAGAGCACCAGCAACAGAUAUCAUUUAUGAACAAGUACAAUUAUGAUAUUGUAAACGACAAGCCUCUCAAUGGACAAUACGAAUGGGUUGAACUGGUUCUUUGAGGUUCUCGAGGAAUGCAGGUUGCCAUUGGCAAGAAAGUGGAGGGAAGAGGACGAAAGAUUCAAAAAUUGGGACAGCCCCAGUUGGAUUCAAGUGAAGGGAGAGAGAGAGAGAAACUAAAGGUAUGAUGAUACAAAACUAUCUAUUGUGUAUGCUGAGAGGCUGGAGAAUUGUAGACAUAAGUUUGAAAAAAAUGGCAGUGUCCUUUGUCCAAAUUAAGAAUGAGUGAAUAUUAUGCAAAGGGGUGGGGUGGGGGGGUACUUCUAAAGGGCACUGCUCACUUGCUAUCUGGGGUCCCAUUAAAGUCCAUUAUGAGCUCUGUCUUUUUAACUUUCCUCAUUUGCCUGCUUGGGAAAAGAGGAAUUUUCUCUCUUUUUGUUUUGUUUUGUUCUUAGAUGUUGGUUGAUUACAUAGGAUGCUAGUCUGGAGUUGCAAUGCAUAUUCAUUGUAUGUACCCUUUCAAGGCUAUAUCUAUAUCUUUCUUUCAUCAACAUUUAUUUUUCAGUUGUAAUGCUAUCUUUCUUACAGAUUUUCUUCUCAUUUCACUCU